AUGCCCGUCGUCCCCAUCGAGCUUCCGCUGCUGUACGGCAGUCUCUGGCUCGCGCUCUUGAGUCUCUGGGUCGUCUACUGCUACCGCGCCAAGGAGUAUUGCACCGGACUGCACACGGCGCUUGGCGCCACGGCCGUCGCCGCUCUCCUCGAUAUGAUCGUCCAGUUGCUUGUGAUGUGUCUGGAGGCUCCGCAAGCUAUGGCGAAUGCGUUCCACGCCGUCUUCUUUGGCAGCUUCAUGCUGAGUGUGCUCUUGAUCGCGGUCGGGUAUGGGAUCACGACCCCGUCGCUGGGCUGGCGCCACAGCGUGAGCCUCAGCGUCUAUGCGAUCAUCCUCGCCAUCUUUCGCUGGUGGCGCACCGUGAACGAGUCGACCGAGGUGCUUGUGCUCGCACUCACGUUGCAUGUGCUCGUCUUGCUCUACCUCUUGCAUGAGCGACUCCCGACAGACAGCGUUCUCCCCAAGUACUAUCUUUUUCGCCACGUGCGCCAGAUCGUGGGCUUCUUCUUCCUCGCCUACCUCGUGUUUGGCGCGUGGACAGCGACGACCGUGGACGAUUCCUCGAUGGUCUUUCUCAUUUUGGAAGAGAGCUUGAUCCUUGGCACGUCGGCGCAUCUCGGCUUGCUGUUGCGCCCGACGCCCAAGUUUCAAAGCGAAGACUUUGGGCAGUGGAAUGCGUACCAGCUCUUUAGCACGUAUGCGCGGCUCAUGCGCGGGCUCAGCAUCGACGAUGUGCUCUCGGGCGACGAGAUCUUGCCGCUGACCGCGCCGCGCGACGUGGUUGUGAUUCAAAACCCGUCGUCGGUCUCGGACCACGGCGUUGUCGUGCACAACGUAAGCGUUGGCAUCCCGUCCCUGCAGUGA